UGGUUUAGAUCAAUAAUAAUAAAAGAAGCAUAAGAUUGCAUUUAGGUAAUUUCACAAUCCAUAAUUCUAGGAUUCAUAGCAUAAGAAAUUUCAAGGCAAAAUUGAACUAGAAAGAGCCGCAGAUUAUACAACAAUAUGGAUGAGCUGAAGAUGAUUCUAACAGAAGCAUUUGGCGAUUCAUCAAACAGCGAAGGCGAAGAAGAAGAACAAUUUCUCCAUGUUCAUUCUGUUGAGAAUAAGGUCAAUGGAAAAGCCCUAAUCGGGUCAGUGUUCGGAGAAACUCAUAAUUGGGAAAGAAUCAGUGAAAUUGAUGGCCUUUGGCUGUGCAAAGACUUUUUAUCUCCUGAUCAACAAUCAAAGUUGUUAUCAUCAAUCCAACAAGAAGGAUGGUUUGCUGAGUCUUCAAGCAAUCAGGCUAUGAGAUUUGGCGACCUACCAGGAUGGGCGGUUGAGCUCUCCAGGUCUAUCCAUGAGGUGAUUCUUUUCGGUAGUUAUGCUGCAGAGUUGGAAAACUGUGAAAAGGGCAAGGAAGCAUGUAUUUUUCCACAAGAUCUGUUAUGGAGGGAACCUCUAUUUGAUCAACUUAUAGCUAACAUGUAUCAACCAGGUGAGGGUAUCUGUGCACAUGUUGAUCUAAUGCGGUUUGAGGAUGGAAUAGCUAUUGUUUCUCUAGAUUCAUCCUGCGUAAUGCAUUUUUCUGGAGUCGAAAAUGACACAUGCACAGCUCAAGAUCCACCACACAAUGUGCCUGUGCUUUUGACACCAGGUUGUCUUAUUCUGAUGUGGGGAGAAGCACGCUAUCUUUGGAAACACGAAAUUAAUCGAAAGCCUGGGUUCCAAAUAUGGCAAGGUCAAGAGAUUGAUCAGAAGAAGAGAAUCUCAGUGACACUGAGGAAACUUGGUCGCACUGACUAGAAAUUUAGUGCUACACAUUUGCUCGCGUCAUUUUCUUGUGCUUAGGCAGGAACAGAGACUUGCAUUAUUCAUGUUGCUUGAAGAAUUGAAGCUUAUGAUAUAACAUGGACAUGCAUCCACACAUUUCUGCAGAUUAUACUUUGGUAUAAUCCAAUAUAUAUGGAAACUUAUAUAGCCACUCAAAAAUAGCUUCAUUAUGCUCCAGUAAUAAUUCAUAGCUACAUGUUAUAGAAAGGAGACAGAGAGCGAGAUUGGAAGAGAAGAGAGAAGCGAACGAGAGAGGGCAGAAAGUGGGAGAGAGAUGAGUUAUAUGUAUCAUCACUUAGAUGGUUGUAUACUCUCUCUAUCUCAAUUUAUACGAUAUCUUUUAUGUUUUGAGA